AUGACAUCCGUCCUGCAGCGAGCACCUUGCUCGUUGGAUACCCAUGGUGCUCAGUACCUGGGGUGCAAGCCAGAGACGGUAACCAUUCGCAAAGGACAUCGAAAAGAUGGUGGGCACGCAGCAUUUGUUGCGGAUACCAUUCUUGAUAGGGAUGUCAAGAUUCCUCAGCGUGAUAGCGCGGUGCUACGCGCAGAUAUCUUCCGUCCAAAAGACGCCCCUGGGAAGCUCCCUGUGCUCAUGGCGUGGAGUCCCUAUGGGAAAACUGGACAAGGGUUCUUAACCCUACACUUGGUCCCUGGUCGUGUUGGCGUCCCGCAAAGCAGAUUAUCUGGAUAUGAGAGCUUUGAGGCACCGGAUCCAGCCGAAUGGACGGCCAGAGGGUAUGCCGUCGCUAAUGUAGACAUACGAGGAUUUUUUGACUCGACCGGUGACAUCAGGUGGUUUGGGACCAGUGAUGGGAAGGAUGGGUAUGAUGCUGUGGAGUAUAUUGCUGAGUUGGCCUGGUGCUCAGGGAAAGUCGCCCUCGUGGGCAAUUCAUGGCUAGCAGCGACUCAACGACCACCACACCUGGCCUGCAUCACGCCUUUGGAAGGCUUCUGCGAUUUCUAUCGGGAAACCCUUUGUCGAGGUGGCGUGCCUUAUACACCCUUUUUGGGGCUUUUUGGGAAGUCAUGCUCUAGCAGAAACCGGAAAGAAGACGUGAUGGGAAUGCUUGAUCGCUAUCCGUUGAUGAACGAGUACUGGGAGGACAAGAGAGCACAGAUCGAGAAGAUUGAAGUCCCCGCAUACGUGUUGUCUAGCUACUCAAGUGGACUACACACGAUUGGCUCUUUCCGCGGGUUUGAAGAGAUACCUCAUCAGCAUAAAUGGUUGCGAGUGCACCCAACGUUCGAGUGGCAUGACCUGUACAAAUCGGAAGUAAAUGAUGAACUACAGCAAUUUUUUGACCGAUACACAAAGGGAUAUCAGAACUGCUGGGAGCAAACGCCGCGGGUCAGGGUUUCCACGCUGGCUUUCAAUAAGGCUGAUUCUUCGUAUACCGGUGCUGCCAAUCACUUCUCUCUAACCCUGUCUAGGAGCCAGAAUCAUAUCAUGAAUUCAGUGACUGGCCAAUACCUGGGACACGCUCUGAGAUACUUUUAUCUCUCCGGCGACAGGAGCCUCAAUGAGCGCCCGUCUUCUGACGAAAUGACUUUUUCUUAUCAAUCCGACUCUCUCGCAAUGCAAGCGGACGCAGAUGGGGAGGGGCUUCGCUUUGAAUAUACUUUUAAACAACGAAGUUACCUAAUUGGCUAUUCCAAGGCAAUUCUGUAUAUGUCUUGCCUGGAACACCAUGAUAUGGAUGUCUUUGUUCAGCUCCGCAAACUGGACUCAAAAGGAAAGAUGUUGCAGAAUACAAACAUCCCCUUGACAGACAUUUCAUUGAAACUAUCCGAAGCAAAAAUUGCGAAGCCCAUUGUUCCGGGCGAAAUUGUCAGGUUGGAAAUUGGUCUCUGGCCGACCGGAAUUGUAUUUGAGGCUGGUGAAAGAUUGGUUCUGAAGAUUGCCGGACAUCAUAUGUGCCUAGCCGAAUUUGCUCCUUGCCGGGGGGGGGGGGGNUUUCAAGACCGGAAAUAA